UCUUGUAAGGUGAAUGCUGGGAAGUCCGUAUACAAGGCAACUUCGUCUACGCGCCAUUACACUCGUUCUUUUAUAAUUUAGGGAGUAUAACGCUCAAUCGGUAAAGCAGUUUAGUGAUUUAGUUCGAAUUAAGAAUAAUAGAUGUCGCUAUAUGCCAAUUUGCGGAAGUAAAUUGACUUCUCUUUUUAGUCGUGUUUUAUACUCGAUGAAUAAGUGACACGUGUUGUGAAAAAAAAUAAAAAAAGGUGCAAAAUCACACAAAUUGAAGCGUAAAGUGAAUUAAUAAUUGAAAAAUAUUGGAUAUGCCUGGAUUAGUUCACUUGGAUGUUGAUCGUUUUUUAACCAGAAAUGACAUCGAACUUUUAAACCAAUACCUUAUAUGGCCGUGGCAUGUGACACAUUUCAUUCUAUCUAGAAGAUGUUAUCAUUGUGGUUAUUAUGCAGACUUAGACUUACCACAUCAUUUCAUGGUACAUAGAUGGAACAUGCAAUACUUAUUAUAUUUUGAUUUUUUCUGGUGUCAAAGCUGCCUGCAUAUGUCAAUCUACGAUCACUACCCUGGAGACGAAUGUAGUUACUGUUCUUAAACAUUCUUGCAUUAACCUUAAUAAAAUAUUCGAUGAUACAAACUUAUUUCACAAGAAACACGUUCGGUACGUAUAAAUGUUUAAUUUUGUAUUCGUUUUUAAGUAAAAUUUUGUUCUAGUACCUGAAUAAUAUUCUAACUGUACUUUUGGUUGUAUAGCGAUAAAACACGUUGCAAAAUAAGAUGGCUCGAUGGUAUCCACAGCAUAGGUGUUUAAUAAAUCUAUGGAAGUAAGUAAUUUGUAACUAACAAGUUUUUUUGUUUCAGUAACCUAUAAUCAUGGUAAGCAAUUACAAAAGAAAAACAAGCAAAGCCUCAUAUUCAAAAGAAAAGUUACUAGAAGCAGCGCAAGCUGUUAGAGAUGGUCGUCUGAGUGGCUAUAAAGCUGCGCAAAUUUAUAAUAUCCCUCGCAUGACUAUUAUGGACCAUGCGAAAAACAGGAGAUUUAAAUCAAAUUCUCUUGGCAGAAGCACUGCUCUGACGACAGACGUUGAGACAAAAUUAGCGUCGUUACUACAUUCAAUGGAAAAAUAUGGAUUUGGCUUGACAAAAACAGAGGUCUUAGAAAUGGUCGGCCAAUAUGUAAGACGUAAUCAUCUAUCGACGCCUUUUAAAAACGGAACUCCAGGUCCAGCGUGGUUUACAGCAUUCAAAGAACGACACAAUUUAUCCGUAAAGAAACCCCAAGCUGUCGAAUACGCGCGUAAGAAAGCCAUAGAUCCUUUCAUAGUUUAUCCAUAUUUUGAAUUGCUUUAUAAUACACUGGUACAUUUAAAUUUAUUGGACAAACCAUCCGCCAUUUGGAACUUAGACGAAACUAGUUUUUCGAAUGAUCCUGAAAAAUCUAAAAUUGUUGGCGCGAAAGGACACGCCGCAACAAGAGUAAUAGCAUCACCUGGUAGAGAAAACACCACUGUAUUGCUUGGCGCCAGUGCGCUAGGAGAAAAAACUCCUCCACUAAUAAUUUUCAAGGGUAAGAACGUAUGGGAUGAAUGGACAUCUCCAGAUGCUUAUCCCGGCACUUCCUAUGCUGCCACAAAGAAAGGAUGGAUGGAGGCCGACGUCUUUGAAAUGUAUUUUAAAAAAGUAUUCUUGCCAGCUGUUGGAGAUCAACGUCCGAUUCUUCUUGUUUAUGACGGACAUGCUACUCAUGUAGGAUUAAACAUAAUCGAAGAAGCGCGUAAAGCAGAUAUAACAAUACUUAAGCUACCUCCGCAUACAAGUCACAUCUUACAACCGCUUGAUGUAGCGGUCAUGAAAUCAUUUAAAGCUCGAUGGGAUCCAAUGCUCGUAAAAUGGCAGCGUUUAAAUAUCGGAGUGAAGUUGCCAAAAAAAGAGUUUGCGAGGUUAAUUGGAGUGGUUUGGGCUGAAAUUGAUGGUCAGGUUUUAAGAAAUGGCUUCCGUAAGGCUGGAAUUUACCCAUUUAAUUCUGAAGAAAUUAAAGAAAGUUUAUUUGAUCCAUUAAAGCUAAAGCGUUGGAAAGAACAUCAAGUUGUUAAGUCACAAGAAAGCCGUGAAUUUGACCACAAUACUCGAGAAAGGGAUGAAAAUUGCCUAAAUAUUCCAGAAGAACUAGUUUUUUAUAAUAAUGAAUAUUUAUUUGUUGCUACGAAAAACCAGCCACAAAGUUUGCUUUCAUUAGCCUUCACUUGCACAAUACAAGCAUUUGGUAUAAAUUCUCAUCGUAGUAGUAGCGAUCACUGUUCUGCAAACUGUAACACCGACAACCGCAUUCAGAAUAAUAAUUUGGAGACAGAAGAUGCAAAAAUUAUAAAAGAAAAUCAAGGCCUAGGAUCAGAAUCUCGUCAGAGACUGGAACGAGAAUCUUUUAUUUCCAAUAAAGAUUUGAAACACGUUGACAAUAGCACAAAUAAGAUCCAGAUAUUAGAAAACAGACUAAUAACCUUUGAAGAACUACUAUUGAUGCAAGUUAAAGCUGGAGCUCAUGAAAAAGUUAAACGACAAAAAAUAGCUCCAGGAGCUGAAGUUAUAACACAUAACGAUGUUGUUAAACGUAAAAUGGAAGAAAAAAAUAAAAAAGAAACUCAGACAAAGAAAAAUACGACUACAGUAAAACGACAACCAAAAACUAAAAAUCUAAGCGAAAAUGAACAAAAGAAAACACAAAUAAAAGUCCAAUCUAACGACACACCACACCUGACAACAUCUGAUAUUGACAGUGACGACAAUGCAGAUAUUGCACUAAAGCGAUAUGCAUCAUUUUAUGGUCCAUCUACUUCAACAGGAAAGAUAGGUGAGCAAAGCAAUACGAAAAGAAAGCGGCUGCCAUCGAUUGACUCCAUAACUAGUAUUUCUGAUGAGAUGAGUCUAUACAGCGAUACGAACAUUAGCGUUGAAACACUGUUCGACGAUGAGUUUAAUAAUGAAACCUAUUGUUUUGCAGAACAUGAUUUAAAGGUGAAUCAAGUAAAUUCUAGUAACAAUGACAUCUUACAGCUUAAUGUAAAUCGUAGUGUACCAAAGAAAGCCCCUAAACAGAAAAAUAAAGAACUGCCAGCAAAGAACAAUAGAACUAUGAUAAAAAACCUACCAAAGAUUACUAAAUUAAACAAAAAAGGAAAAAAGAGAAUGCAAAUAAAAAAAUCUUCCUACAAAACGGCACCUGACAUUACGAGUGACGAUGAUUUAAGCACCACAAUAAGUCAUCUUGAAAUUGACAAAGAAAAUUCGGAUCCUAUAUCUCAUGCAGAUUAUCAUGCACAAAAAGGAAAUAAUUUACUGUCUAAUCCAACUACUUUAACAGGAAAGACCGGUAUGAAAAGAAAUGUGGAACGAAGCCACCUGUCAUCAAUUGAUUCGACUAUUGUUUCUAAUAAAAUUAAUAUAUAUAGCGAUAUGAAUAUGUACAAUAUAAUGCUAAAUGACGAUAUUGUUGUCAAUAGUAUUGCAAAAGAAAACAGUGUGAAUCAAGAAAAUAUAACUGACUAUGACAACUUACAACACACUAAUUACAGCAUUAAUGAUUCCGUGCUUGUGAGAUACCAUACGAGACAAAAGUGGAGCUAUUACAUUGGAUUUAUAGAGGAUAUCAAAUUAGUAGAUGACGAAACAUAUUAUUUUAUAGACUUUUUAAAAACUGUAAAGAAACCACGACUAGUUUUUAGAAUGACCAAGAGAAAAGACCGUGAUAAUGUACCAGCUCUGUCUAUAGUUAAAAAGAUCGAAAUAGAAACUGUUAAUGCAAAACAAUAUAACUUAUGCAAUAUUGAAGAUGAGGUAUAUUUUUAAAUAAAAUUGUACUUUUUAUUUAAUAAUUAUGUAGAGCUUGUCUAAGCUGACAUGGUGUGCCCUCUACUUAAGGCGCGUUAUUUCAGCUUCGAAAAGCUUUUUGAUUGUUUUGCAAUACGUAUCAGUUUAACUAAUAACCGCGGGUUACUCCCGUGGAUAUACUGUGAAAAGGUCUUUCUCAUGAGCAGCGUGCGCGGUCGCGGCGAUGUCGCGCAGCC